AUGCUCUUCUCGCUCGUCGUCAUCUCGUCGUGCCUCCAGGGCCUGGCACUUGCCCACCCCCAUGCCCGGGCUGGUGAGUACGACCUCAUCCUGCCUCGGGUGAACCAGAAUGGCACCAAUGUCACCGACCACGCCAGCCAGGGCGUCCCCAACUUCCAGAAGGAGUGCGUCUGCCCGACACCAAUCUGUGACCCGCGGAUGAACGAGCAGAGUAUUUGUGAGUGCAAGGCUUCGGCCGCACAAGCCUGCUUCCUGGAGUCCCAGGGCGGCUGCCCAGAGCCCCCGAAAGACGCCUGCUGA